UGUUGCUUUUUGUUUGUGUCUUUGAAACAAUAAUAUCAGAUUUGGGUAAAAUUUGUGUACAAAAAAUUAAUAGUAUGUGUUAAACAAUAACAGCAUUGCACUCGCCUGACUGCUCGUAUGGCGUGGAAGCCAAUGUAAUUCAAAUUGUGAACCGUCAACACAAAUUUGGAACACGUCAGAUCCCAUUUUUUUGUGCAGCAUCCGCUACCGAUAAAAGCUAAUUUAUCAAUCGGAACCGGAGCAGAAUACCGAAAACUUGUGCAGCUAAAGACCACGAGCAAGAACAAGAGGUCGACGCAGUAAACCAUAAGUGUUAACGACGCGUCAUCAAUUUGGACGACAAAAGGCAGCGAAGACAUGACGGAAACAAGCAUUGAUGUCAGUGGAGAGAGAUGGAGGUGCCGCCUCGGGCAGCUGGUGGCCAGACAACAAAAUGGGAUCUACAGAACAUACCCUCACUUCAAAAUUUACCCUCUCCUUUGGAAUUGAUACACACAGUACGACGGUCGUUGCGUCCAUGGACAGUGUUCUUCAACAUUGGAAAUUUUAAGACAGCUGUCAGCAUGCAACGUCUAAACAAUCGUAUUAUGCGGAAUCUAUCUUAUUUCCAAAGCAAUUACAUAUUUGUAUUCAUUGUGCUAAUGAUAUACUGUCUGAUUACGUCGCCGCUUACAUUGUUUGUCGUGGCGGGCGUUGCUUAUGGUUGUCAUAGGAUUCGUACAAAGAACUCGAACGUAACGCUUCUUGGACACACGAUAUCGCCGAAGCAACAAAUUGUCGGUAUCAAUUUGUGUGCGGCACCUCUGCUGUUCCUGGUCGGAGCUGGCGCCGUAUUAUUCUGGACACUAGGUGCUUCCUGCUUUGUCAUCUUCAUGCAUGCUAUAUUCUAUAACAUUGAUGCAAUUGUAACGGAAGAGAACGAAGGAUUCAUGUCGCAGGUUGUUUAAUUGCAUCCAUUGGAAUAUCUGCCACAGAGGGGCCUUAUUAGACGAUAAGUUGCAAUAUAUCUAUCUAUAUAGUAUAUAGUAUAUAUAUUUAUAUCGAAAUCGAACCGAAAUGUAGUUAAGUUUUAUCAAUAACGACCACCGACGACAAAACGAUUUCUUCAAUCAGCACUACAAAAUGAUUACACAUAAAUCCAUAUGUCUGCAUA